GAACUAUCCCUUUAAGAACCACCAAGUGGAAAAGAAACCGUCAUACGUGGUCGUCGCAUGUUCGUUAUUGGGGACUCCAAAUCCCAGGAGACACUGCGAUUGAGUUCCAGCUCCACCGUUGCCAUAGUUACACCGGCUGUCCAAGUGCCUAACAGCACAACGCAGCCAACUUUGAGAAGGAAGGUGUCUAAACUAUCAGCAUUUCUGAAGCAGGCAUUAGAGGUGGUCUACGGUUUGCGAUGGAGGGAUGUGUGGUCCGUCACCACAGUGUUCAUUUCAUGGGUGAUUUAACUGCUCAACCCAUCAUAAUCAACUUCCACCAACUCUUCCAAACCAGAGAUGCUCCUGCAAUUCUGCCUACGAUAAGGAAUGAGGAUGUUCUUCGGGCUGUGGUGGCUCUGUUGGACACAUCCUUGCCUGAUGUCGGCCCCAGAGACGUGCACGAAACAGUGCACUACCCUGGGACAUGUACUAUUAUUUUAUCACGGGACCAUGCAGAUGUUUUAGAGGACUAUAGGGGCAGGACUACCAGAAACAAGGGGAUAAAUGUGAGCCCAGUGCCCUGUAAAACAACAGACAGACCCAAUUCCACACUCAAGCUGUUUGCUGAGCUAUACAGUGACUCUGAAGAGGAUCCAGAGGAAACCUCAGAGGAGACGCCAGAAGUGGAGACAAGUAACAGUUGGUCUUGGGAGCGAUUCUGUGAAGGCCUACAGGAGUUUGUGGAAGGAGUGAGGGAUAGGAAAGAAAGAAGAGCAGUACAAGGAGAAGACGGAAAGAUCCCGCCAUCCGCCGUAGGAGUUGAAUCUCUGAUUGUGGCUGCUGCUUGCUAUGAAGUCAAGCUACUGUCUACAGGAGAAACGGUGCUUCAGCUGUCUCUUUUGGCUGUUAGGAAAUGCCACUGGCGCCUUGGGAUUGGCAGCUACAUCAUGGAGACUUUGUUUCAGCUGCUGAAGACUCAGUCUGCAGUAGGACAAUAUGAUGCACUUGUUGCUCACGUUGACACAGAUGCAAUAGGUUUCUUCAAACGACACGGGUUCACAGACGACCUCCUCCUCAAUGACAAGUUCAAAGAGCUGAAAGAUGACUGGACCAACAGUAUUCUCAUGAGCUACCUGCCACCCUUUACUACAGACCUACAGAUGAGAAAUCCUGUUUUUACGAGUUUACGAGAGUUGGAGAUGGACAUGGAUAUGGCAAGGUCACAGGCUCUCAAUGCAUAUCAGCAACAGGUGAUGUGUGUCACCAGGCUACUCAAAGAAGUCAAGACCUUACGUGAACAGAUAGGUCUAGAACGUGAGGAAGUGGACCGUCUCAACUCCAAACUAGAACUCGAAAAACAAAAGAGGCAUGAUGUAGAAAACAGGUUCUUGAUGUACAGGCUGAAGAAUGCACAAAAACUGUUAGGCAGUAAUGACUCAGACUCAGAUGACCAGGAGCAUUCAAAACCAGGAACAGAAGAGCAAGAACAAGCACAGUCCAAAGAACCUUUAAUCCAGACACCAGAGGGCGCUGGAGGCUGUUGAUUAAACUGCUGCAUUCUACAUUAAAAUAUAUGAAGGGCUAUGUGUGAUAUGAUUAUAAGCAUUAAACAUACUAUAUUUAUUUAUUAUGCAUUGAUUUUCAUCAGAUUUUUAGGCAUGUCUGAUGGUGAUGUAAGUUGGAUUGUUUUCAUUAUAAAUUUUGUACCUUUUAUUGCAGACUUGAGAGAGACAAAUGUUAAAGGUGCCCUAGAAUUAAAAAUUGAAUUUAUAUUGGCAUAGUUAAAUAACAAGAGUUCAGUACAUGGAAAUGACAUACAGUGAGUCUCAAACUCCAUUGUUUUCUCCUUCU